GGGAAGGAAACAAAGCAGGCUAGUAUGUACAGCUUCAUGGGAGGUGGUUUGUUCUGCGCCGGGGUGGGCAACAUCCUCCUCAUCGUCUCCACAGCAACCGACUAUUGGAUGCAAUACCGCCACUCCAGCAACUACAUGCACCAAGGCCUGUGGCGCUACUGUGUGCCUGGCAAGUGCAUGACACACACCGACAGCAUUGCUUACUGGGACGCCACGCGGGCCUUCAUGAUCUUGUCGCUGUUGGCGUGCUUUAUCGGCAUCGUGAUCGGCGUCAUGGCCUUCAUCCACUACUCCUCUUUUGACGGCUUUGAUAAGACCUUCGCCGCUGGCAUCCUCUUCUUCAUCUCCUGUUUCUUCGUACUGCUGGCCAUGGCGGUGUACACGGGCGUGACGGUCAACUACUACGGCAAACGCUAUGGGAGCUGGCGCUUCUCUUGGUCUUACAUCAUGGGCUGGGUGGCCGUGGUGCUCACCUUCUUCUCAGGAAUCUUCUACAUGUGCGCUUACCGCAUGCACGAAUGCCCACGGAACUCAAACUCGCGCUGA